AAAUAGACGUCAUCGUGACGAGCUGUUAUCGUUGACGUCAUAGGCCUACUGGAACGCCACAUUGGAAAUACCGACGAAGUUAGGGAUUUCACUCUGCAUUUGAGUAUGGCCCGUAGGCGGCUCAUCUUAUCCGUCACUGUGGUGAUAUCUACCUGUCUCGUUGCUGUCACCUCCGAUAUAGGUAUAUCAGCCGAGUUGACUGGCUCGUCAGCGGUGGGACAUGAGGGCGGCUUCUACAACUUCACCUGCACAGUCAGAAAUGCCGCUGUUUUUACUGAUCUUAUAAAGUUCAACAGGAAUGAUGGGUGCCGUGGAGUAACCUUAUAUCAAAACUUCGCCGGCUGUAUGGAAGUUCUCUAUUCACCUAAGACCAACGGAAUUCGCUGUGGAUCGGGAACCAACAAAGUGUCCGCUCAAACAAAGCAAUAUCACAUGUGGAUCCAUAGUCUGACGAAAAAGGAUCUCACUCUCUGGUGGUGUUAUUUGCCUGCCUUGGGAGUACGCAGCAAUAGUUUAGAUCUUAGUGAUUUGAAGAUAAUUGUGAAUUGUUCAGAUGAAGCAUCAACUGGACAAACUACACAUUUGACUUGUAUGUUUACUGCUGAAGUCAAACCCAUAGUAAUAGUUCUGUAUCCACCUAAUGGUCAAACACAAGAAAUAGUGUCCUGUGACAUAGAGGCAAAGACAUGUCGUGCUGUCAGUUCGCAAGGGUUCUACAGUGCUGAGUUAACGACUGAUAAUAAGAUCACUCUGACGAUACAUUCGUUCGACAGCGAGAGGGAUGCAGGGAUAUGGACAUGUACUAGUGGAACCAAAGGAGAUACAUGUUACAUGUCCAGCUUGGGUGUUGUUUCCUGCUUGCUGUCAAAUACAUCCAUCAUGUUGCAGUUUGCUGCCAUAUCCUGUGUCAUGAUCGUCACCAAGAACCAACUCUGUGGUACGUUCUAGUUUGUCUGCUGGUUGUCUUCAGCAUCUUUAACGUGUCAGUCAAUUUGUCAAUCAGGAUGGAACAUCAAUGCGUCAACAAUUGCGGCAUCUCUUUGAAACUCUACCCCACGAUUUUUGUCUUCAUGUUAGGCCUGGUGACACAAGUCUGGCUACUACUCACAUACUCUAUCAUAUGGCAAUAGUAAUGUUAAAAACGUUAAUAGCUCAGUUGUGUGACAUUGGCCUACAUACUCUAUCAUAUAGCAAUAGUAAUUUUAAAAACUUUAAUAUCUCAGUUGUGUGACAUUGUCCUACAUACUCUAUCCCUUGUGGCAAUAGUAAUUUUAAAAACUUUAGUAGCUCAGUUGUGUGACAUUGUUCCACAUACUCUAUCAUAUGGCAAUAGUAAUUUAAAAACUUCAAUAGCUCAGUUGUGUGCCAUUGGCCUAUAUACUUUGUCAUAUGGCAAUAGUAAUUUUAAAACUUUAAUAACUCAGUUGUUCUAUCAUAUGGCAAUAGUAAUUUUAAAACCUUUAUAGCUCAGUUGUGUGCCAUUGGCCUACAUACUCUAUCAUAUGGCAAUAGGAAAUUAAAAACCUUUAAUAGCUCAGUUGUGUGCCACUGGCCUACAUACUCUAUCAUAUGGCAAUAGUAAUUUUUAAAACUUCAUUAUCUCAGUUGUGUGACAUUGUCCUUCACGCUCUAUCAUAUAGCAAUAGGAAUUUUUAAAACUUUAAUAGCUCAGUUCUGUGACAUUGUCCCACAUACUCUAUCAUAUAGCAAUAGGAAUUUUUUUAAACGUAAUAGCUCAGUUGUGUGACAUUGGGGGUAAACAAUGAUAAAAUCAAAUGGGAAACGUUCUAAAUAUUGAACCAAAAACUAUUGGAGAACAGCUAAGUCUUUAGACAAAUUUGAACCCCCACGUUUAAAACUAAUUUGGAUAGUGUAACAAUCGUUGGUAAGGUAAUGACUAUGCCAAUUACAAACAUUUACUCAAUUAAUAUACUAUAUAUUUAUUAUCCAUAUAGUUAAUAUAUGAUAUUGGUACAUAUCUAAGUGCUAAGUCCCACUAGAACGCCAAGUGGGACGUGACACUUCGACGUCAUUGACUGAUGCACAACAACCUUACAGGAACACCAAAUCAAACAAGUUUAGUCAUAUAAAUUAAGAUCAAUUAUGGGUAAUAAAUAGGAUAUUAAACUCGCUACCAUUUCGUAUCAUGUUUAUCUCCCUCGUGAACAUUAUUUCACUCGGAACAUAAACAUGAUACGAAACGGAAGCUCUUUUAAUAUUCUAUAAAAUAUAGUAUGGUAAGUGGGGGUUUUGCUACAUAAGUCGUCUCAUUUUCAAAACAAAUCAUCAAUUAUAUACCAGAGGUUUAACCAAGAAAACAGACUAAAUACUGAAUUGAUUGUAGGUGAGAAUGUCUCAAUUUUGCUUUAGAAAAUAAAUUAAAAAAUAUAUUGUAACAUUAGUAAUAGUUUUAUCAAUAACUUAAAUAAAUGGAUAUAUGGUAGGUGUUUGUUGCUACAUAAGUCAUCUCAUUUUCAAGACAAAUCAUCAAAUGUAUACCAGAGUUUAAAAAGAAAAAAGAAAAAACGAUAGACUAAAUACUGAUUUGGUUGUAGGCGAGGAUGUCUCAAUUUUGCUUUAGAAAAUAUAUUGUAACAUUAGUAAUAGUGUUAUCGAUAACUUAAAUAAAUGGAUACAUGGCAUUGCCUGGUUAAUGAAAAAAUGUGAGAAAGCUGUAAAAAUAGUUUAAGAAUUUUGAUAAGAGGCUGACGAUAUGUGUUAGCUAAAUUAAUUACUAGAUCCUGUUUACCAAACGAAGGAAAACAUAAAUUAAACUGUACAUGAUCUGGCAUGUUAUGUGAGGGUGACAUUUUUUAAAUUAUCCUCGUCCGUAUGGUAAUGGUAACACUUUAUUUAAUCACUGAAGCCAGAAGAAAGCUAUCUACAUUAUAUAUAUAUAUAUAUAUAUAUAUAUAUAUAUAUAUAUAUAUAUAUAUAUUGACAUCUAGACAUGAGUCAACAUGAUAAAAUUAUCAACCAGUCAAUAUCAUUCCUAUGGACCUGUUAUGUAGAUAUUUUGAGAUGUUUAAAAUAAACACAAUCCACUGAUUAAAGUCAAAGUGAUUUGUUGAUGUUUAUCUCAGAAAUACUCUUUUAAAUUGUUCAACUUUUCUUUUCUAGCAGAGCUUUGACAUAGUAUCUCAAUAUGUGUGUUCACAUCUGUACAAGUUAAGCCGGUUUCACUAUACUGCUUUAGCAAAAACACACUUGGUUUGAAAUGGCGAGUGUUCACACAUACAGUAGCUAUAUCGGUAUAAGGCGGAAGUGAGUUAUCCGCAUAUGCGCAAGACAUCAAAACAAAAUUGGACUACCAGUCUGUUACGCGGUUGCUAACGCACUUGCAGCUUAUUUUGACUGUGACGUCACUGUCACUUCAGAAUGGCUGUUCAUGGUGCUUGUCCUGUGAAAGGGCUAUGCGUAGAGUUUAGAAUAUUGACAAACCAUGACAUACAAUAGUAUUUUAACCGUUCUGCUAGAAAAGUAAUCUAAGUUCGUGGUUGUUUAAGAGAAUGAAUAUUGUAUAUUUGUGUUUUUCGGGUUUAUUGUUGAAUUUGAUAUAUAUUAAGAUUAUGCAUAUUGUUCAAAAUAAGUAUGAGCUAUUUGAAUUCAAAAUGAAGAGGUAUAGAAAUGAAACAUGCAACUGUAAACAAAAACAAAAACAAAUCAACAAAAUAUUAUGACCAGCCUAGAAUCCAGACCUUUUUCCCAUCGAACAUCCGUGAGACAUCAUUGGGCGAGGCUCUACCGAAUGAGCUAGAUUCCGCCCCUUUAUUAAUGCUAGAAAAAGACUACCAACUGUCACGACGACGUUGGCCAUCUAGCCGAUCUCUCGAUUUCUACAAGUGUCCAGUUGUUGGUCUGGGCGUUCUUACAACUAGAUUCUGAUCGUAUACCACUCCUACGCUGAUUAGUUGUUAAUUUUAGCGCACCAGUCGUAAGUUGGGAGUGAGGGAAAUUACAACGCCAGCCGAGUUGGCCAACUUCGUCGUGAGUUGAUAGUCUGAUCCUAGCAUACUGAUUGUUUAACGGUUGCAAACGCAGAGAGGUGCUGGGUGUUAACUUCUAUAUGAAAAAUGUGAUUAAUGACAGUCGUCCCACCUGUGGGAUUCGGGUGGUUGGGUGCGGACGUAGCACAGUGUUAAAGCACUGACCUGGCGUGUGCUCCAACCAGUUUUCGACGACUGGUGCAGCAACGGCCAUGGUAUAAUGCUAUCCUGUGUGUGGAAUGGUGCAUUAUAUAAAAUAAUAGCUUGCUGCUAAUUUAAAAGAGUAACCAGCUUUGUGCUGGCAGAUAGAAUCAAUCAAUCAUUUGAAUCGUGCUUACAUCCACUGAAGGUUCAAGCACGACUGUCUAGGGCACAUUAUCUGGUGGAUGUGCCCUAGACAGUGGCUGGUAGCUAGUUAGGCCUAGCUCUCAUCUGUAUGGUUCUUAAAGGCACUCUCCUGAGUUUGCAGCCAUUGCAAGAUGUUUUCUAAUAAGUCUGUUUGAUGACUAAAACUCCAUAUUAAAGAUAUUUUCCUGUUUAGUUUUUCGGCGUCUUUAUAAGUCAGGCGUCUGUUGUUACAGUCUUAAUAUUUGUAAAAACU